ACACACUCCACUAAAAAAAAAAAGAAGAUUACUAAAAAUGAUCCUGAGAAGCGCGUCGUCUCUGGACCUUAACAUACGCGCCGCCCAAAAAUCCUCAGCUCCGCGUUGCACGAACGGAGCUCGCGUGGCAACGACGGCUCGUCCCGUCUCCGCUUCUCUCCGAGGCUGUAAGUCGAUGCCCAGAGCUUCUUCAGAUGGAAACCUCCACGCGAUUCAGGGCAGAGCCAAAACGUCCGGCGUCUACCACGACGACGCGGCGUCUUCCAGGGUCUUGGAGAGAUCAAGGCUCCAUCAGGGAGGAGAUUCUAACGGUGGAUUUGGCGGUAGAGGGGGAGACGGUGGUGCCGGAGGUGACGGUACCGGAGGUGGAGGUGGGAGCGUUGAUGGUUACUACGAGGAGAUGAUACAACGUUAUCCUGGAGACGCUCUUCUACUCGCUAACUACGCUCGUUUCCUCAAAGAGGUGAAGGGUGAUGAGAGAAAAGCAGAGGAGUACUGUGAGAGAGCCAUGUUGUCUGAGGAUGGGAGAGAUGGUGAGAUGUUGUCUAUGUAUGGAGGUUUGAUAUGGAAGAAUCACGGAGAUGGUGUUCGUGCUCAGUCUUACUUUGAUCAAGCUGUUCAAUCUUCUCCUGAUGACUGUCAUGUUCUUGCCUCAUAUGCUCGAUUUCUAUGGGAUACUGAAGAAGAAGGAGAAGAGGAAGAGGAGGAAGAAGGAAGUAAAUAUGAGAAUGGUUUCUCUACCUAUAAUAACUCAUCUGUGUCAGUUAUGUCCUGACCCUUGGUGCUGAUCUUAAACCGGUGUAAUUUAAUAACAAUUUCAAGUCCGGUUUAGUCAUAAAAUAUCUUUUGCAUAUUGAGGUAGAUUGAUGCUUAUGUGUUGGAAGAGACGAACCUAGUAUCAAAACUCCAAAGAUGCAUUAUUGUGAUAUCCCAAAGAAGAUAAAAAGGUGUGAAUUGGGAUUGGUCCA